AUGACAAUUUAUACAAUUAAUGAACUGCACGAAACAUUCAGUGUAUUUGAUAAGAAUGGUGAUGGAAUGAUAACAACAGAAGAACUGGGUACUGUUAUGAUAUCAUUAGGUCAAAGGCCAACUAUACCAGAUUUAAAAUCCUUUAUUAGAAAGGUCGACCAUGAUCGAAGUGGUACCAUUGAUUUUGACGAGUUCCUUCAAAUCUUCUCCAGAAAGAUAACAAUGGACCCAGAAAAAGAGUUGUACGAAGUGUUCCGAGUGUUUGACGAUAACAAAGAUGGGUUUAUAUCACCAACAGAGUUGUAUAAUGUUUUAAAGAAAUUGGGAGAAAAUAUCACUAUGAAAGAAGCUCAAGAAAUGGUGAAAGAAGCUGAUUUAAAUGGCGACGGAAGAGUAGAUUAUUCUGGUACGUAUUAA